CUUCCAUCCAGCUUGCAUGCGGCUUGUCGCAGCCCACUCUCCUUUCUGUCAAUCAGUUCUCUUAGUAUUUCAUCUCUCAUCGUCCCUUUGGAAGCAGAAUUUCAGGCUCUACGGCAACCCUUACUUUUCGUCCGUUGAAAACCCAGUGUCUGCCCUCGCGCCUUCUUGAUCUUAGUGGGCUUCUCCAGCCCACCCCGCAUUUCAGUUCGCGAUUGAGCCCCAGUAUUUCUGUCAGGUCUUGUGUUAGAGGUCCCCUUGCUUAUAUCCUGCAACACACGCGACGAUGAGGACGCCCGAGGGGGAUCCGCUCCCGCGGCGUCGCUCUUCAACCCUUCACUACCACACCUUCGACACACCACCGCCAAAGUCUCGUGGAAGGCCAAACUCUGGCCAAUCCGGCUCAUCGGGCGAGGAAUCGCGUCAACAUCAAAAUGACUUGUCGUCCGAUGACUCAUCCGCUCAUUCGCCCCUCCCAAAGAAGCAGAUGGCGGUGCUGGCGAUGAUAGCUCUUUGCGAACAGACAGCUUUCAACUCGAUUAGUCCUUAUCUUCCAGACAUGGCGGCUUCGUUCCCCGAGGUGAAGCCAGGUAUGGUUGGUGUCUACGUCGGAAUGAUUGCCACGGCGUUUGCGGUCGCACAGCUAGCUACAAACUACUUCUGGGGGUGGCUUUCUGACCGAGUGGGACGAAAACCGGUAAUUUUACUCGGGACGGUUCUUACAGCAGCAUGCUUUGUUGCCUUUGGGUUUUGCAGGACCUUGUACCAAGCUAUCGUGGUACAGGCAAUGAUGGGUGUCGUGAAUGGGAAUCAGGGAUUGGUGUCUACCUGUCUUGGGGAAAUUACGGACCGGAGUAAUCAGUCCAAGGCCUUUACGUACCUGCCUGUGCUUUAUGGCAUCGGAGGCAUUACUGGUCCCCUCCUUGGUGGCUUACUUGUGAUCCGACAGAACCCUUUCAACAAAGGCGACCCGAAUCCGUUCCCUUACCUUGCCCCAAAUUUGUUGUCCGCAGCAAUUCUGUUGAUAGACUUUGUUCUCUCCCUGAUAUUUUUGGAGGAGAGUCUGGACGAUGCGGAUGCUUUGCCGAAGUUUGGAAAGAAGGUUCGCGCCCUUUUCGCAUGGCUGUGGCAGAUUACCAGCUUCGGGAAGCGCCCCCGACAUAUUCGACCGUCGGAUCAUCUUCCAUAUCGCUUGAUACGUGAGCAAUCGGAAGAGAGCCAGGAGCAUGACAGUGACUUGGAUUCUGCCUCUGAAGUAUCUGAUAUCCAUCGCGGCCACCACCAGUCGUUGUCACGAAGUGAACUCUGGAACCGGGAUACCAUCCUCCUCCUCCUGACAUACCUCAUUUUUGCGCUGUGUAAUAUUGCCUUCAACGCGCUGUUUCCAAUUUUCUCACAGGCUGCCCCACCUAUUGGGCGUGGACUCAAGCCCUCCGAGAUUGGCCUGGCUCAGGGAUUCUCUGGAGUCGUAACGAUUAUUUUCCAAAUCUGCAUUUUUGGUCAGCUCAGAAAUAAGAUGGGAAAUCGGUGGUCCUAUCGAGCUGGUCUUUUCGGAUUUGUGAUCUCAUUCAUUCUCAUGCCAUUUAUUGGGUACAAAGGCGAUGACUCUGGAAAGGGAGUGACUGGUAAAACAGCUUUGAUGGCAGUUGAGCUCUGCUUUGUCUUACUGGUCAAGACUGUGGCUGCUGUUGGUGGGCUAACAAGUGCUCUCCUGUUGAUCACCAAUUCUGCACCAGACAAUGCAGUUCUAGGCGCUCUUAAUGGCCUCGCCCAAACGCUUUCGGCAGCUGGGCGUGCUCUUGGCCCAUUCCUAUCCGGAAGUUUGUUUUCCCUGACGGCCAGGAUCCAACCUAGAGGCGAAAUUAUCCCAUUUGGUGUCUUUGCGGUUGUUUCGCUGAUUGGAUUCGUCCUGAGCUUUGGCAUUCAAGGUCGCUCGCUGGAAGCAGAGGACUGGAACAGCGAUAACGAAAGCACCAAGUCAGACGAUGAGGAAUCAUAAUUACUACGACAAUAAAUCAGGCUUAGGAGCCUUUAUGAUACGAUGAGAUAUUAUUACAACUUAGAUGGAGAAGUGGCUUUCUCUGGCUCCCCGGAUACGGUAAUCAACUUUCAACUGUCCUUAUUCCAUUAUUUGCAUUUCCGGUUUUUCGAUGAAUGGCGGAACUUAUGGACUCAAAGAGUAUAAGAAAAAAAAGAAAAAAAAAAAAUCUAAAACUAACUAACUAUCUAGAUACGUUACGAGUUACGAUCCUGCCAACAAGCUUAGCAUUACAGCUUUCUACCCUCGGAC